UUGAAUGAGGAGCUACACCGGGACAGUAGAAGAAGCUUCCCCUACGACUUUGACGUUUCAGCAGCAGCGUCUGUCUUGACCUUCCUACAGCAGCGUGACCAACUAAAAGAUGGCUGGACAGGGAUUUGCAAAAUGGUGGGCCUUGAUGAGCCCUUACUAUACUAAGGCAUACCAAGAGAUGUGGGUGGGAGUUGGCCUCUUGGGAUUCGUGUACUACAAAAUUUCCUUUGGGGGCAAGAAAGCUGUGAAGGACAAGCCUGCCCAUUGAGUUUUUCACCAUGCAGACCACCCCUCCACCUGCUGUGAAAUAUUGCCCCAAAUCCAGAAGUCCAGCUUCACAUUUAAAUUUUUGUUAAUAUGGAACAAAUAAAGUUGUUAAACUUCACUCA